GCACCGUUAAGACCCUCUGAUCCGUGGUGCGCGCUUGGUCCCGUGUGCCGCGAUGGCACCGGAAUAUCCUAUAUCAUCGGCACAGCUGCUUCCCACCCCAGUGCAAGAAGGACGCAAGAGAGAGAGAGAGAGAGAGAGAGAGAGAGAGGCACCAGCGGUUGCUCCCCCAAACUCCCCUGCAGCGAAGCGAAGACCGUGAAGCGCUGUCGCUUUACAUGGACGGAUCUGGAGGAGCGGCGGCGGUGGAGGGGGACCUGGAGGCGGCGGAGAAGCUGAUCAUGCGGUGGGACUCCACGGCGUCUUCCGCCGGGGACGAGCGGAUGCUAUUCGAUGGUGGGGACCGCUCGGACGCCGAAAGGUUCCUCCGUGCCGUCGACGAGAUCCGCCGUUCGAUCAGGGAACCGAUCGCCACCGGUAGCCCCCGGCGGUUGUCCUCAUCCGCGUUCCACUCCUCCUCGGAGAACGCGAUCCAGAUCGCCAUGGCCCGACUCGAGGACGAGUUCCGCAACCUGCUUCUGACGCGGCCUAAUGAGAUCGAAGUCGAUGAGCUCGUCGAUCUGAGCACGCUAUCCAUGAAGAGCUCCGCGUCCGGGGAGGGAUCCGGUGAUCUGUCAGAUGCCGAGGGAGGCGGCGGUGUCGACGGCGGGGAGGAGCAUGCCUUCUUGUCUGAGACGGUGGAGGGAAGCAGCAGCAGUAGCAGAAUCAGGCGGAGCAGCAUGCGGUCGACGAGGAGCAUCCGGGAGAUCGAUCUGCUGCCGUCUGACGCGGUCGAUGACCUCCGGAGUAUCGCCGAGCGGAUGAUCGCCGCCGGGUACGGCCGGGAGUGUGUCCAGGUGUACGCCGGCGCCCGGAAGGCGGCAGUGGACGUGUGCCUACGCCAGCUCGGGGUGGAGAAGCAUAGCAUCGGCGAGGUCCAGCGUCUCGAGUGGGACGCCCUGGAGGCUAAGAUCCGGCGCUGGAUCCGCGCCGCCAAGAUCUGCGUCCGCAUCGUUUUUUCCAGCGAGCGCCGUCUUUGCGAGCGUGUCUUUGACGGCCUCGGCAUCAUUGACGAUGCCCCUUUCACUGAGACAGUCAGGGGCGCGGCCAUCCAGCUCUUUGGAUUCGCCGAGGCCAUCAGCAUCGGCCGCCGGUCACCAGAGAAGCUCUUCAAGAUCCUCGACCUCCAUGACACCAUCUCCGACCUCCUCCCGGACAUCGCCGCCGUAUUCCUAUCCAAGUCUGCCGAGUCCAUCUACACCCAGGCCGCCGAGAUUCUCUCCCGGCUCGCCGAGGCCGUCCGAGGCAUUCUCUCGGAAUUCGAGAACGCAGUGCUUCGAGAUCCACCCAAGACCGCGGUCCCUGGUGGCACCAUCCAUCCCCUCACUCGCUACGUAAUGAACUACAUCAGCCUCAUCUCCGACUACAAGCCCACGCUCAUCGAGCUCAUAAUUACGAGGCCAUCGGCGAGCUCCCGGUUCUCUGGCGAUGAUCAAGCCGCAGUUGGGGCUACACCACCGGAGAUCGAAUUCCCGGAGGCCGAGAACCAGACCCCCCUUGCCGCCCACUUGAUCUGGAUCAUUGUUGUUCUUGCGCACAAUCUCGAGAACAAGGCGAACCUUUACAAGGAUACCGCUCUUGCCCACCUCUUCUUGAUGAACAACGUCCACUAUAUCGUCCACAAGAUGAAGGGUUCGCCUGAGCUCCGUGAAAUGAUCGGUGAUGAAUACUUAAGAAAGCUCACCGGGAAGUUCCGGCUGUCAGCAACAAGCUACCAGCGGGCGACGUGGGUAAGAAUCCUACACUGCUUGAGAGAUGAGGGGAUUCAUGUCAGUGGGAGCUUCUCGUCCGGCGUCUCCAAGUCGAUGCUGAGGGAGAGGUUCAGGGCCUUCAAUGCUGCUUUCGAGGAGGCUCAUAAAACCCAAGCUAUAUGGUUUGUGCCAGACACACAGCUGAGAGAGGAAUUGAGGAUUUCGAUCUCCGAGAAGUUGUUACCAGCGUAUAGGUCCUUUCUUGGCCGGUUCCGGCAACAUAUAGAGAGUGGGAGGCACCCUGAGAUGUACAUUAAGUACUCUGUUGAGGAUCUUGAGAUAUCCUUGUCCGACUUUUUUGAAGGGUGCCCUCCUUCUUUAAACAACAGAAGAAGAUCUCACUAAAUCACAUGAUGGUAUCAAGAAAGGAGACUGAUGAUUCGGUUAGUUGAUAUUCUUUAAUUUCUUAAGAGGGAAACGAUGAGGUGACAAGUCUUAGCAGCACAGAUAUGUGGAGUAUUGAAGAAUUUAGCGUAGCUGAUGGAGAGCUCAGAAGUCCCACGUAAUAUUUGUAUCUGAUAUGAAGAUCUUGUUGGAGGAUUCAAAUAACUCAGGGGGUUCGCCUGUUUAGUUUCCCUCCCUCUGUAAGCAAGUUUGUUUUCUCUUUUAUUUAGUAUUUGUUUAGCAUGUUUAUAUUGUGUCUACUUUUUGCAUCCCUUGGGGAAUUACUAGAUAUGAAAAUUUUCUGAACUUCUGUUUUUUCUUCAUUUUUGUUCGUUGUGGAUGAUUAUUUUAAUGUAUCGUCUUGGUUGUAGGGUCACUUUUGUGAGGGUUUGUACUUUGUAGAUUGUAUUACAAUUUUGUUUCACGGACUUUUUA